UACAUUUUCCUUUUCUGAUAUUGAUUGAACUGCAGACUCCGCACACAGUUAAAAUAUAAACAAAUAAAUAAAAACGUGAAAUUAUAAAAAAUUAUUUAAAUUUUGAAACAAUUCUAUAAUUAAAAUGGCAUCUUGUUGUAAGCAAGAGGAUAUGGGACAGGGCGAUUGUGGCCACCAGAAAAUAGAGCUAUAUCCGCGGGCUACCUGCCCGACACCUCCAGUUUGCGCUCCUCCGGCGGAUCCGCCACCGCGCCGGCUACCUGUUCAACCCACUCCGGCAAAGGUGGCGGUGGCACCACACUCGCCAGAGACCAAACAUGCCAUGCAACAGCAGUAUAUCCAAAAGAAUGUGGUGGGACCCGUGACGGAGCAGCAGCGGAUGAAUCACGACUUACAGAUGGGCGUGGAUGAGCAGCAGGAGCAAAUCGCAGACAUACGUCGUGGCCAGUAUCAGGAGGCGUACGGUCCGCUCAAGACUGAGGAGGUGCAGUUUGCCCGCUCCAUCGAUCCCAAUGCAGAUGAUCUGCACAAUCCGCCUUGCUAUUUGCCACAGGCGGGUGACGAAUUGCCACAGAAGGAUCAGCUCGCCCCGAUGGGACCCAUUGGACCCUGGGCCACUGGCAAAGUCGAUUGGAGUCCAAUGGCGGGCCUCACAGGCACCCGACCCGUGGCCGAUCGUUACUCCAUAACGCGCUACAGUCCCAACGAAUGGCGCGCCAGAAACCAAAAGACAGUCCAAUUAGUCAAUGGGGUGAUAGACAAAGCGGACAAGAACCGCUUCAGUGCCGCCACUGAGUUCCAGAGACUCUCGGCCAUAGUGACCAAGACACAGAACGAGACGAAUGACAAAGUGCGGCUGCGCGUUCAGCUCAUAGGGAAGUGGAAGACGACCCUGGAAAACGCCAUUAAAGCGAUGGCCGAUGAGAUAUCCACCAUGGAGGAGGAACGCAUACGAUUGCGCAAAUCGUUGGUCGUAUUGGGCGUGCCAGAGUCCAUAGCCAAGGAGUGUUUGGAGAAUCGUUGUACGCGACCCGACACAGAGCUGGUGCGCGAUCAGACCGAAGAGGAGCUGGUCAAUGAGUUGGCGCUUAUAGCCGAGAUACGACGACUGCUGAAGAAGACACUCGAGGACUUUGAGGCGCAGCAGGUGGAGAAUAGGACAGCGCGCCAGCGUCUCGAGUACGAUUGGAGUGACAAAAAAGAGGCCUACGAGAUCGACACCAUCAAUUUGAGUCUGAACAAUUACUCAAAGACCAUAUUAUUUCGACCGGGCGCUAUCCGCCAACCGCCAGAGCAGGCAUCGGAAAAGUAUUGGGAGCACUUCAGCCAGGAAACGCUCGAGGAGUGCGAAAAGUGCCGCCAGAAAUCGGCCGCUCUACGUACCACUCUCAACGCGAUAUUAAUGAAUGCGGCGCGUGACAUCCGCACGCAGGCAGACUUGGUGGAGAAGACACUCACGGCGCGCAUCAAUUGCACUCAGGAGGCGGUGCAGCGUUUCGAGAAUGAUUUGCGCAAUGUCCUGCAGAAUCUGGCCGAUACGGAGACACGUAUUGUGAACCUACAUCGGCGAGUACGCAGCUUCGAUGCCGCCAUGAAGGUGGCUCAAACACGCAUGGACAAUCGCAGCUUCCGUCCGAAUGUGGAGAACUGCCGCGAUAUUGCGCAACAGGACCUCAUCAAUGAGGUGCACACCAUACAGAGCAGCGUGUCGGCCAUGCUCCACGAACUGGGCGAGGCUGAACAUACCAAGGAGGAGUUGAUAAAGACGCGUGGGGUACUUGAACGGGAGAUAAUGCUGAAGCGUCGCACACUCUGGACAGAUCGGGAGCGUUGCAUGCUGCUCCGCUCUCACUAUCCUUCGGCGAAUGCGCUGAGCGGCAACGCGCAGUCCUAGAUCCGCAUACCAUAUAGAGGAACUAAAUUUAAAGUAUCAAAAUUUCAGUUUAUUAGUAUAUUAUUAAAAGAACGCCAUUAAGUUAUUCAGAAUAAACAGCGCUCUAGAGAUAAAA